CUGACUGUCGUCACUGUUCACAGAGCUGCAGCACAUCCUGAAGUGAAAGAAUCAGCACUAUAUUUAUGAUUACUGUUUUUAAUCCUGAAAAGAAGUACAUGGGUUAGGAGAGGACGCAGGGAUGGAGGCUCUUCAUACUCAAGGCAUCUGGAUGGCUGAAAGACUUCAGCAGAGGACGAAAAGUCACCAGGAUUCAUGGCUGCUCGUUACACAUCUGGGAGAUCCUAAAGCAGCAUUUCUGCUCGUCUUUCCCUUCACAUAUUUCUUCAACAAACGAGCUGGAGUCGCAGUGAUCUGGGUAGCAGCUGUAACCGAAUGGUUGAACCUGGUGUUUAAAUGGAUGCUGUUUGGAGAAAGGCCCUUCUGGUGGAUAGGUGAAUCAGGUCUGUUUGUUACCAAGCAACCCCAAGUCCAGCAGUUUUCCUCCACCUGUGAGACCGGCCCAGGCAGUCCGUCGGGACAUGCGAUGGUGACGGCGGCAGCCUGGUGGGUUGUGAUAUCAUCGCUAGGCUCGUAUAUGUAUUCACGUACACACAGUUUGAUGCUAUCAGCUCUUCCUUACCUGCUCUAUGUGAUGAUGCUCAUCGCAGUUGGACUCUCCAGGAUCUUCAUCCUUGCCCACUUCCCACAUCAGGUCAUCGCUGGCUCCAUAACAGGUUUCAUUCUUGGGAUCAUUCUGAGCCACAGAGUACCAGAAGGGCGCCCCCUGCUGUUCUUCUUCAGCCUAAGCUUUGGUCUGAUGUUCUGCACUGUGACGCUGCAUGCUGGACUGAAGCAGCUGGGAAUCGACCUCUCCUGGUCUAUCCCUUUGGCAAAGAAAUGGUGCAGCCAUGCAAAGUGGAUCCGUUUGGACACCGCCCCCUUCUCCUCCCUGACGCGAGACUGUGGCGCUCUUCUAGGUUUGGGGCUGGCUCAAUACUGGAGGCCAGGCGGUUUCUCUCUGCCUUGGGCUGCUCGAGCUUUAUCUCUGGCCGUUUCCUCCAUGGGUCUGUAUCAUGUCAACCGUCUGCCACUCCCAGUCCAACCUCAAGGCCUUUUCUACGGCCUGUUCUUUGUCAAGUUUGUCCUCGUGCCUCAGAUUGUCAUGGUGCUUGUGCCGGGACUCAUUCACCUUUUCACCCACAAAAAGAAAGACUGAGACGAGAUCAUUUUAUCCUCCAGGAACUACAAGUCACUCCUCAUCACUGUGUUAACACUUAACAUGUCUGUUUAAUGUUGGCUUGUCUUAUGGGUCAAGGCUGUACAUAGUUAAAUCAUUUUAUUUUUUCCACACAUCAGCUAGAAAGAGUCUUCUGUGUUUGCCUUUAUUUGUUUUACUUUUAUAUGACAGGACUUGGUAUCUGACUGUAUCAGACGUUUAACUGCUGCGUAUUUGCAGUAAAUCUAUGUACUGUAAUGGUUCUAAGUGCUCUAAAUACUGCAGUAUUUUUGGGAAAUAGUUAACUUGUGACUUUGGGGCUGUGGCUGGAGUUUUUUUCAGUUCUGUGCAUCAUAAACUAUGAUGCAUGACAAGCCUGCUUUUGAAUGUUGUUGGAAUUUCUUGAUUUUUUUUUGCACUCACUUCAACAACUUUCAGCUCUCAGACCUUAAACGUGUUAAGGAUUUUGUUACUCUGUUUACAAAGAGGUAUUUCACUGUGGUCUGAGGUCAAAAAGUUUUGAAGGUGUUUACAGUGUCCAGGUUUUCAUUUACAGUUCAAAUGCUCUGAUUCUAUGUACCUAUCUUUAUCUCUGAUUACAUGUAAUAAGGUUGAGCAGAGUCUACUGAUUCAUCUUUCCACUCCUGUAACAUUGUUGCACUAGUGAUUGACACUCAGUGACCAAAAAGGAUUAAAUCAUUUUGCCUGGCCUUCUUGUUUGUCAGUACCUGGAGCCUACAUUACCCACAAUGC